AUGUUGCGUAUUACCGAUUUGCGGUGCAGUGUGAGGCGGGCAAAGGUAUUUGAAAUCUUCUGCCGCGAGCAGCUUCUCACGAACAUGUCUCUCCGCGAGCUAACGCAAACGGAGCGGCACAAGGCGAUGUCUCAGCUCUUCAAGAAGCUCUCCGAAGAACAACUGCUGGCGCUGAAGCAGCAGGCGUCCAUCGAGCAGCUGCGCCAGGAAGCACUGGAGCGCGCAGCUGCUUACUUCAAGCCCCUCACCACUUACGAGCUCUUCGCGCGUGAGCAGAAGGACAACCCCGCUCUUACCGGCGCCAGCCCUCGUGAGAAAGAGGUGAAACUACUGCAAAUCUACGAGUCACUACCGGAGAACGCCAGGAAGGCGAUAGAGAUGCGCACUGAGCAGUACAACAACGCCCACUCCAUGAAGACCGCGACACCGGCUCUGCCGGUGAUACCUGUGCGGAAGAAGCCGGCCGCACCCGCCUCGGGCUCAUCGUCGAAGAAGAAAAAGAAGGCGUCAAAGUCACGGAGGACGGCGUGCAGGAAGUCAGCCGAAGGAGGUGCGAUGGACGAGGCCACAGAGGCAAGCUCAGACGGGUCGCUCGCUGUCACGAAGAGAGCUGUCAAGCGGGUUGUGGGGUCGCCGUACGCGGUGUUUGUGAAGGAGCACAUGGCCUCCCUGCACCACCUGGCGCCAAAGGAGCGAAUGCGCGUUAUUGGCGAGCGGUGGCGCUCGCUCACAAAAGAAGAGCGGCAGCUCCGGCUCGAGGCAGGGAAAGUGAAGCUGGCGGAGGCGCUGGCUGCGAAAGCGCAGGCAGCAGAAACAGCGGAGUCGAAGUCGCCACAGACGUCGAGGGGGGUAGCCACCGCAGCUUCCUCCUCGCCGUCCGCGCCUCCGACGAACGCGGCAGAUAGCGCAAGCACCCAAGCUGCGUCCACGAGCACGAGCUCGCUACCGCAGCAGUCGCCGACACCGCCAGCAGGGGUCAACAGCUCCGCCGCCGUUGCCGCAUCCCCGCGACCACCAUUGACUUCACAGCCAACAGCCUUUUAG